CGCGCACCGACGGCAGGCUCUGCGCAUCCUCGCACACUCGCCGGUGGCGGCGUGCUGACGCUUGCGUCAGCAAGGAGCGGGGUUGGGGGCACCCGUUUUGAAGUCGACUGCUGGCCGGCGGCUGCUGCUGUUGCUAUUUCCUUUGCUGGUGCUGUUGCUGCUGCUGAACCCCGUCCAACUCUCUUCCUUCCGCGAGGACCGGCUCGGAGAAGCCUCGGGGCAGAUGCGCGAGAGGCCGCCCCGGGGUUCACUUGGUGUUUAGGCUUCUGGCCCCGAGGCCUCGGGCCUUGCUCCCCGCAUCGGGGGCCCCGUGCUAGCGCCUCAGCCGCCACCCCCUUCCCUCUGCGCAACGCCCCGGGAGUCCCGAACCGCCGCACCCCUCACGGCGCCGGGCCGGCCGGCCAUGGCCGUCUCCAGGCUUGAUCGUCUUUUUAUCUUACUGGAUACUGGCACUACCCCAGUAACAAGAAAAGCAGCUGCUCAGCAACUUGGAGAAGUGGUGAAACUCCAUCCCCAUGAACUAAAUAAUCUUUUAUCUAAAGUACUGAUAUAUUUAAGGAGUACAAAUUGGGAUACCCGAAUUGCAGCUGGACAAGCUGUUGAAGCCAUAGUGAAAAAUGUACCUGAAUGGAAUCCAGUGCCGAGAUUGAAGCAAGAACCUACUUCAGAAAGUUCUAUGGAAGAUUCGUCUGCCACAGAUCGGUUGAGUUUUGACAGAUUUGACAUCUGUAGAUUGCUGCAACAUGGAGCAUCACUUCUUGGGUCUGCUGGUGCAGAAUUUGAAGUCCAGGAUGACAAAUCAGGGGAAGUGGACCCUAAAGAGAGAAUAGCUCGUCAGCGCAAACUAUUACAGAAGAAACUUGGCCUUGAUAUGGGAGCAGCAAUUGGAAUGAAUACCGAAGAGCUCUUUAAUGAUGAAGAUCUGGACUACACCCCAGCUUCAGCUUCCCUUGUAAACAAACAACCUGCUCUUCAAGCUGCUGAGUUGAUUGACUCAGAAUUUCGAGCAGGGAUGAGCAACAGGCAAAAGAAUAAAGCUAAAAGAAUGGCAAAAUUAUUUGCAAAGCAGAGAUCCAAGGAUGCAGUGGAAAGCAAUGAAAAGAGCAAUGAUAGUGCGGAUGGGGAGCCAGAAGAAAAGAGACGGAAGAUAGCCAAUGUUAUUAUUAAUCAGCCUGCAACUGAGUCCAAGGUCUUGAUUGAUAAUGUGCCAGACAAUUCUUCCUUAUUUGAAGAGACAAAUGAAUGGCCUUUGGAAAGCUUCUGUGAAGAACUGUGUAAUGAUCUUUUUAAUCCAUCCUGGGAGGUUCGACAUGGUGCUGGUACUGGACUGAGGGAAAUUCUCAAAGCUCAUGGAAAAAGUGGUGGUAAAAUAGGAGAUAGCACUUUGGAGGAGAUGAUUCAACAGCAUCAGGAUUGGCUGGAAGACUUGGCCAUUAGACUUCUUUGUGUUUUUGCAUUAGACAGAUUUGGUGACUUUGUUUCAGAUGAAGUUGUAGCACCAGUUCGUGAAACUUGUGCUCAAACUUUAGGUGUGGUGUUAAAACACAUGAAUGAAAUAGGAGUUCAUAAGACCGUGGAUGUACUCCUUAAAUUGCUCACACAAGAACAGUGGGAAGUGAGACAUGGUGGCCUGUUAGGAAUAAAAUAUGUUUUAGCAGUUCGUCAGGAUGUAAUUAAAACUUUAUUGCCUAAAGUUUUGACUAAAAUAAUUGAAGGACUCCAGGACCUUGAUGAUGAUGUCAGGGCUGUUGCUGCAGCAUCAUUAGUACCAGUGGUGGAUAGUCUUGUUCAUCUUCAAUCACACAAGGUACCUUUUAUCAUAAAUACAUUAUGGGAUGCUCUUCUGGAACUAGAUGAUCUCACUGCUUCAACAAACAGUAUCAUGACCCUUCUUUCAUCCCUUCUAACUUAUCCUCAAGUUCAACAAUGCAGUAUCCAACAGUCACUUACAGUUUUAGUACCACGUGUAUGGCCAUUUUUGCAUCACACUAUAUCAUCAGUUCGAAGAGCAGCAUUGGAAACGCUAUUUACAUUAUUGUCAACACAGGACCAGAGCUCUUCCUCUUGGUUAACACCUAUCCUACAGGAUAUGCUGCGACAUAUUUUUCAGUUUUGUAUUUUGGAAAGCAGCCAAGAAAUUCUGGAUCUUAUUCACAAGGUGUGGAUGGAACUGUUAAGCAAGGCUUCAGUACAAUAUGUAGUGGCAGCAGCUUGUCCCUGGAUGGGUGCCUGGCUUUGCUUAAUGAUGCAGCCUUCUCAUUUACCUAUUGAUUUAAAUAUGUUGCUGGAGGUAAAAUCCAGAUCUAAGGAAAAAACAGGUGGUAAAAUGCGCCAGGGUCAAAACCAAAGCAAAGAAGUACUGCAAGAAUAUAUUGCAGGUGCAGAUAGCAUCAUGGAAGACCCUGCAAUGAGAGAUUUUGUUGUUAUGCGGGCCAGAGUGAUGGCAGCCAAGUUGUUAGGAGCACUUUGUUGCAAUAUUUGUGAUCCAAGUGUAAAUGUAGCUUCUCAAGACAUUAAACCAGCUGAGUCUCUUGGCCAUUUGCUACUUUUUCACCUGAACUCAAAAUCUGCUUUGCAAAGGAUUAGUGUUUCUUUAGUAAUCUGUGAAUGGGCUGCUUUACAAAAGGAAUGUAAAGCUGUUGCCUUAGCUGUGCAGCCACGUUUACUUGGUAUCCUUUCAGAACAUCUGUAUUAUGAUGAGAUUGCUGUUCCAUUUACACGAAUGCAGAAUGAAUGUAAACAGCUUAUUACAUCAUUAGCUGAUGCACAUAUUGAAGUUAAUAGCAGAAUAAAUUACAGUGUGUUUACCAUAGAUCAAGCUAAUGAGCUGGUCACAACUGUUUUUAAUGAAGUCACAGCAUCUUUCAAUUUAAAUCCAAAAGUGUUACAGCAUUUAGAAAGUAAAAGACAACAAGUUCAAAUGACUGUUGCAGAAACAAAUCAAGAAUGGCAAGUGCUGCAACUGAGAGUGCAUACAUUUGCUGCAUGUGCAGUGGUGAAUUUACAGCAGCUUCCAGAAAAAUUAAACCCUGUCAUAAAACCAUUAAUGGAGACUAUUAAGAAAGAAGAAAACACACUAGUACAGAAUUAUGCAGCUGUAUGCAUAGCAAAAUUGCUUCAGCAGUGUACAUCAAGAACUCCUUGUCCUAAUUCAAAGAUUAUUAAAAAUCUCUGUAGUUCACUAUGUGUGGACCCACAUCUUACUCCUUGUGUUGCAUGUCCAGCACCACCUCAAACCAGCCAUGAAAAUUCUAAAGGACAAAACACAGAUAAAGAUGGAAUGCAUCACACUGUUACUAAGCACAGAGGUAUAAUCACACUCUAUAGGCAUCAGAAAGCUGCUUUUGCCAUCACAAGCAGACGAGGCCCUACUCCUAAAGCAGCAAAAGCUCAGCUUGCAGAGUUUCCUCCAGGAAGCAGUGGAAAUAUCCCUGCUGAAUUGGAUGAGGCACAGAAACCCUAUUUGGUGCAACGGAGAGGAGCUGAAUUUGCCUUGUCAACUAUAGUGAAGCAUUUUGGUCAUGAAAUGGCUGUAAGGUUACCACAUCUCUGGGAUGCUAUGGUUGGUCCCCUAAGGAAUACAAUUAACAUAAAAAGUUUUGAUGGAAAAUCCCUACUGGAAAGGGGAGAUGGCCCUGCUCAAGAAUUGGUGAAUUCUCUGCAAGUUUUUGAAACAGCAGCAGCUGCAAUGGAUACUGAGCUUCAUCCUUUGUUGGUACAGCAUUUGCCCCAUCUGUACAUGUGCCUUCAGUAUCCCAACACUGCAGUGAGACACAUGGCUGCUCGUUGUGUUGGAGUCAUGAGCAAAAUAGCUACCAUGGAAACAAUGAACAUUUUUUUAGAGAAAGUUCUUCCAUGGAUAGGAGCAAUUGAUGAUAGUACCAAACAAGAAGGUGCAAUUGAAGCUCUUGCCUCUGUAAUGGAACAACUAGAUGUUGGCAUUGUUCCAUAUAUUGUUCUUUUAGUUGUACCUGUAUUGGGAAGAAUGAGCGAUCAGACAGACAGUGUACGGUUCAUGGCUACACAAUGCUUUGCAACAUUAAUUAGGCUAAUGCCACUUGAGGCUGGCAUUCCUGACCCACCAAAUAUGUCAGAAGAAUUAAUUCAAUUGAAGGCCAAAGAGCGACACUUUUUGGAGCAGUUAUUGGAUGGGAAAAAAUUAGAAAAUUAUAAAAUUCCUGUUCCAAUCAAAGCUGAACUCAGAAAAUAUCAGCAGGAUGGUGUGAAUUGGUUGGCAUUUCUUAACAAGUACAAGCUUCAUGGAAUUCUUUGCGAUGACAUGGGUUUAGGAAAAACAUUACAGUCUAUUUGCAUUCUAGCAGGAGACCACUGUUUCAGAGCCCAGGAAUACGCAAGAUCUAAAUUAGCAGAAUGCAUGCCACUUCCAUCGUUGGUGGUUUGUCCUCCCACUUUAACAGGUCACUGGGUUGAUGAAGUAGGUAAAUUUUGUUCCAAAGAAUAUCUCAAUCCUUUGCACUACACUGGACCUCCAACUGAAAGAGUAAGGUUACAGCAUCAAGUCAAAAAACAUAAUCUGAUAGUGGCUUCUUAUGAUGUUGUUCGGAAUGACAUAGACUUUUUUAAAAAUAUUAAAUUUAACUACUGUAUUCUUGAUGAAGGCCAUGUCAUUAAAAAUGGGAAAACGAAAUUAUCAAAAGCUGUAAAACAGUUGACUGCCAAUUAUAGGAUCAUUCUUUCUGGAACACCUAUACAGAACAACGUUUUGGAGCUCUGGUCACUCUUUGAUUUCCUUAUGCCAGGAUUUUUGGGUACUGAACGUCAGUUUGCAGCUCGUUAUGGUAAACCUAUAUUAGCAAGUAGGGAUGCUCGGAGUUCCAGUAGAGAACAAGAAGCAGGAGUUCUUGCAAUGGAAGCACUACAUCGUCAGGUCCUCCCGUUUCUCUUGAGAAGAAUGAAAGAGGAUGUUUUGCAGGAUCUUCCACCCAAAAUUAUUCAAGAUUAUUACUGUACUCUUAGUCCUCUACAGGUUCAGCUGUAUGAAGAUUUUGCCAAGUCUCGUGCCAAAUGUGAUGUUGACGAAACCGUUUCCUCAGCUGCACUUGCCGAAGAAACUGAAAAGCCAAAGCUAAAGGCUACAGGGCAUGUGUUCCAGGCAUUACAAUAUUUACGUAAACUGUGCAACCAUCCAGCAUUAGUCUUAACAACUCAACACCCCGAAUUUAAGAAUACUACUGAACAACUGGCAGCUCAGAACUCUUCUCUUCGGGAUAUUCAGCAUGCUCCUAAACUCUCUGCUUUGAAACAAUUGCUGCUGGACUGCGGUUUGGGAAAUGCCAGUACUUCGGAGAGUGGCACAGAAGCUGUUGUGGCUCAGCACAGGAUACUGAUCUUCUGCCAACUCAAAAGCAUGCUGGACAUAGUAGAACAUGAUCUUCUCAAACCUCACCUGCCCUCUGUCACAUAUCUACGGCUAGAUGGAAGCAUACCUGCCGGGCAAAGGCAUUCCAUUGUCUCACGGUUCAACAAUGACCCAUCCAUAGAUGUUCUUUUACUGACUACACAUGUUGGUGGACUGGGUCUUAACUUAACAGGAGCUGAUACAGUUGUAUUUGUUGAGCAUGACUGGAAUCCUAUGAGAGAUUUACAAGCAAUGGAUAGAGCACAUCGUAUUGGCCAGAAAAGAGUUGUUAAUGUAUAUCGAUUAAUAACAAGAGGAACAUUGGAAGAGAAAAUAAUGGGUUUGCAGAAAUUCAAAAUGAAUAUUGCAAAUACAGUUAUUAGCCAAGAGAAUGCUAGUCUGCAGAGCAUGGGGACCGAUCAACUUCUGGACCUGUUUACUCUUGAUAAGGAUGGAAAAGUGGAAAAAGCAAAUACCUCGACAACUUCUGGAAAAGCAAGUAUGAAAUCAAUCCUGGAGAACCUCAGUGAUCUUUGGGAUCAAGAUCAAUAUGACACUGAGUACAGUCUUGAAAAUUUUAUGCAUUCUCUCAAAUAACUAUCAAUUCUUGUUAAAGCAACUGCUGCUAGAUUAAUUACAUUUCUGCUGAUAUUCAGCAAAUUUCAAAGUUUAUGGAGAACAUUUAGCUCAUUGUGUAAAUAGAUUGGAAAAAAGAAUCAGCAUGAUUCUAGAACUUGUUCCACUGGGGGGAACAAGUUACUCUGUCUUAAAAACUUUGCACUGUAUUAAACUUAAAUUUUAAUGUGAAGUGGUUUGAAUUUUUAUAUACUGAAGAGACCCAGAGAGAGGGGCAGCCACACAGGGUUUACACAUGCUACCAAAUGGUGUUCUCAUUGGGAAUGAGCCCGCAUGUCAUGGUGUACACAGUCACUUUGUACAGGAGCAUUUCCAUGAGUACUUUAGGUUGUUCAUGUACAUUUUUUUCUUUUAAAUGGAACUUGUUUUUAUGAUUUAAAAAUGAUAGAAUUUUUCACUAUCAAAAAUUCAAAUGAGCCAUAAUUUUAAGAUAGUCAUCAUUAAUAUUGGUCAAUCUUAGAAGCCAGAAAGAAUGUUAGGAACUGAACUAAUUAUCUGUAUGCAAAUCUUUGUAUAUUUAAUGCAAAAUUUUUGACAUCAUUUUGUCAAUUUUUAAAAAAUAUAAUAUGGGCUAUUCUAAAUACAGGUAAUUGGGCUUUUUAAAGCCACUUUUGCAUCCUAUUAAGAGGGUGUGCUUUUUUUAAUUUAUCCAAAGGCUAGACUAUAGCCUGACUCAAAGAACAUAGGUUUCAAUGGUAUAUAAAUAUAUAUAUAUAAUAUAUUUUUUGUAACUAAAAACUGUAUACAAAAGUAUACAAAUAGGAGUUUUUCAAGAAUUAGAUUUUACACUGUUUAGAAUUCCCAAAACCUAUGCUGAAAAGACUGUUUACUGUAUUAGUGCAUGACUUGAGGAAAAUAUUUCCUUUACAUACAUAGAUAUACAUGAGAGUAGACAUAUCUAUAUACAUAGAAAUACCUACACUAAUACCCCAAGGGUAGAAUACUGCCACUGAAAUCAUGUAACUAUAUUAGAUAAUAAUAAUAGCUGGGAAUGAGGAUGUAUUAGCUAUACAUUAGACAGUGUUAUCAAAGAAAACCCAGUGGGGAGGGUGGAGUGUAUUCUAUAGAUAUAGAUGUGCAUGUAUAUACACUGUUCAUCACAGACAUGUGGAAAGAGAGAAGGGAGAAAUAUAUGCAUGUCUACAUAGUACAUAUAUGGAAUAAAUACAUAUAUAUAUACACACACAUGUGUGUAUAUAUAUACGUAUAUAUUUGUAUGGAAUUCCAGUUGUGUGAGGCCUGUGGCUUGCCUUGCACUUGGCAUCAAUUGGAAGAUCACCAGACCUCUGCUGUGUAAAAUCACACGUGUUUUGUUUAAUAACAUAAAACGUCACCUGUUUGACAGCAUUUAGAUGAGGACAUUUGUCACAUUUCAAGUAGCUGUUACAGCUACAUUGUAACAUUAAAUUUAGCAUUCCAUUAAAAGAAUAAUAAAAAUAAAAUUGGAAAUACAAAAUAAAUGUGUGUACUUGUAUAUUCAUCAAAAAGUUAAGAGCUGAAACAUUACUUUGAACUAUGUUUUUAAUGUUCUUAAUUCAAGUACAUUGUUUCUGAGAAUUUGUUUCAUUGCAGCUGGAGAACCUUCUUUUCCUUAGAAGUACAUUUUGGUAUAGCAAACAGGGCCUUAUGCUUGGAAUUAGUGCACUGGAGUUCAAAUUUCACUUCACACAUAUACUGCCCAUGUAAUCUUAGGAAGUUACAUAAAUCUUUCAGUUUCCUCCUCUGUAAUAAUGGAGAUGAUAAUGCUCGCACUAUCUACCUCAUGGGGUCAUUUUGGGAGAAAGCUCUCAUUGCCAGCCUAGUCCCACAUAAAUGUGAGUUAUUAUUUAUCAGCUUUUGGUCACUUGUACUUCAUAGAUUAAAGAGGGGACCAAAAGAUAAAAUGUGAAUUUGUAUGUCACAGAUUAGCUUAGUGCCAAUGAGUGUGCUUGAAAGUGUUCUUUCUUAUCAUAUAGGAAAUUUUGAGGAUUUUUUGUUCAUUUAGUGUUUGAACUUUAUACUAUAAGAAUCCUUUGCAGUUACUGAAGCAUGAGAAACUUCAUUGUAUUUUCACAUACAAAAUAAGACUAAACUUGAUAUCAAAAAUGAGAUGAGAGAGAGCUUUUGUCUAUUCCUUGUAUAAAAUUUGUUUCUGUCACACUGGGGAAAUCGUGCAUUACACACAUUUUAGAUCAUGAAGAAUAACUCGGAACGUGAUGUCUUUGGGCUGGCAUGGGCCUCAGUUUCUACCAUUUAUAAAAACAGAGGUUGAAUUUAGGGAUGUCUUGUGUCUGGUUCCUCUAAGGCAAAGCUGCUUCCACUGUGGAUUGUGACUGAAUGUGGGGAUAAUGAAAAAAUUAAGCAGCAGGAAAAGGUUUCAGAACAAAAUGAUCACAAACUAAUUCAAAAUCCAGCAUGUGAUGAAUCCCAGAUGUCUCUGGCAGCACUUGCCUAUGAUCAUCACACAGCUUCAUGCAGCCUUGGUUCUGAACACGUAACAUGCACUCUGAGCCUCCUGUAGGAAUGCUGCCAAAAAAACCUCAACUCAGAUGUGAGAAGGGGUUCAAGGAAAAUUUCUUGGGUUCACAAGUUUAAGAAUCCCUCCUCAAAGGGAGAAGAGACCUCAGCGGCCAUCCACCUAGGCCUGCCUGUCUCUGAUCAGGAAUCCCUUUUAUUGUGUUCCCAUAGCUACUCACUUAGCCUUCACUCGAAGCUGACUUAGCAGGAGGAACUGCCCUAUUUAAAUUCUAAGGAAGUUUUUCUCCUGUUGAACCUGACCAUAAUUUGAUCUGCAACUUGUAGUUCUGCCCUCUUAAGUUUGGAGCUUGUCUCAUCCCUCUUCCACAAGAUAGAUAACCUUUCAAGUAGAAUUGGGAGAGAUCAUAGAGAUCAAAAGCUCAACCUCUGUUUAUUUUUUACAGAUGGGGAAACUGAGGCCAAAAAAGGUGAAGUGACUUUUCCAAAAUCAUUUAGAUAGUAAGUAGCGGAGCUCAUUCAGCUCCAGUCAGCACAUUGUAGCACAGGCCCUGACACCUGGUAAGUGCUUCAUAAAAGGCUUGUUGACUGACUGUAGGAAGGAGGGGUUGCAAUGACAUGGAAAAAGUACUAGACAGGCUUCUGACAUUGACUAGCUGUUUUACACUGGGCAUAGAACUACCACAUCUCUGAACCUCAAUCUCCUCAUCUAUGAAACGGAGAUAAAUGUCUCUAGCACCUGUCUCACAGGAUGGUGGUGAGGUGCAGAUGAGAUUUUUAAAGGUACUUCAUGAACCUUCAAACACCAAGAAAAGUCAUUUAUUAUACCUCACUGCUGCUUCAUACCAGAACAGGUCACCUAUGUAGAUAUUUUAUAAUAAUGAAGCCACCAGAUAAUUAUAGGUUAUAAAAUGUGCCACCGCCUUUGUCCAGGGGAAGGUGUAUUUAUAUCCCCAAAUGCCCCAUUGCUGUUUGGGUCCUGCAGCACAGUAAGAGGCAAAUUAGUUGUUUUCCUUUCAAAGAAGGGCCCUUUCCAUGGUGCAUAUUAAUAUUCUCAGGUUUCAGGGUCCAAGUAUAACUCUGGUUGACAAGAUCAGUUCUGUAGUUAAAAGAAAAGUGUAUGUUUUAAUAUUUCUGCCUUUCUGCAUCUAUUUAUGAAUAUUUGUGUCCUGGCAAGGUAUUUAAUUUUUGUAUAUGUGCAGUUAUCUGAAAAAUACAUAUCUUGAUAUUCCCAUUCAGUAUUUGCAGGAGGUCUAUCAAAUCUAAUUUUUCCAUCCUUCUGUUCAAAUCCAUAGUUUCCUUCUUGUUAUUUUAUCAAUAGAUUUAUUAAAUUCUAAAAGAAUAGUCUCCUACAAUUACUGUCUCACAUUUCUAUGCAUUUGAGUUAAUUUUUCCUUUUAAGUGCUUACUAUGCCAUUUGUUGUACAUAUAUUUACUGAUAAUUGUGUUAUCUAUGGUGCCUUUAAGCAUGAUGUAGUUUCUCUGUUUGUCACUCUUUGACAACAUCAUUUUUACUAUUGCCUUAUCAGAAAUCAUGAUUGCAACUUCUUCUUUGAAUUCAGAUGAAAUAUAAUAAUAAAUGUUGUUUCAGCACCUCACUUUAAAUCUCUGUUUUCCCUGUUAUAAGUGUGUUUCUUAUAUGUAACAAAUUGUUGCGGUCUAUUUUCCCUGAUCCAUUCUGUAAUUUUCUUCCACCUUAGAGUGUUAAUUCCAUUAACAUUCUGUCUUAUAAUUGUUUUUUUUCCUACAUCAAAUACUCUUAUAUGGCCUUAAUUUUUUUUCAAUCAACAGAAUACUGUACAACUCGUUCUGCUUGAAACAAUCCAUUCCCAGUUUUUACUCUUAUACAAGUACCAUCUCCCUAUACCCCUAAUACUGUGCUCCCCCUCUCUUUCACCCACUCAAACCUUCAGUUUCUAUUUUUAUGAUUGUAAUCUUUACCAUUUCUCCCUUGUUCAGCCCAGAUAAAAGUAUAAUUUAGGAUCCUUCAUUCACUUCUAUGCUCUUUACUCCCUCUCCUCUCCCCUUCAACUGAUCCAUUCUCUCCACCACCUUCCCAUUCAUCUCCCUUUGUUCUCUUGAUAAUCCUUCCAUAAGGUAGAAAUUCUGUUACUUAUAAAACAUGAACAUUGUCACCACUCAUUUAGUGAAUUAUAUUUGCUUUUAUAAGUAUUUUGUAUUUUCUUAUGUAUGUAUAUAUUGUAUCUUUCUAGUAGAAUGUAUGUUCUUUGAGGUUAGGAAUUGUUUUGCUUUUGCCUUUGUAUCCCCAAUACAUAGCACAUGCAACGUAGUCAUUUAAUAAAUAUUUAUUGAAUUGAA